AAUACAACACAGUUGCCCAGCUGAACUGAAGCGAUAUUUCUCUACGCCUGCACAGAAACACUAGCAUUUUUCUCCGAGAACUGAUUAUCUCUAUUUCGUGUCUGGAAUUCUUUAAUAAAUUGAGUUGUUUGCCGCUCCAUCAACAGCGACAGCUCCUCAGUUUAGCAACAGACGUCUUCAUCGCAACCAUCAUGUCGAGCAAACUCCAAGUCCUCGCAUCACUUGAGGACGCCCUCCGUCCACUCCAGAGAGCCGCUGCAUCAUGCGCCACACUCAAGGAAGCCACGGACCUGCCCGAGGCCUUCCCUGUGGUUGCUAAACGCCUGCCUGUCGUUGUCAAGGUGUUUACCGCCGUUCAAGCCUACCUGCAGACAACGGCAGCAGAGGCUCCCGGAGAUGAGGGGCAGUACGCGAACUUGAAGAAAGCGGCUGAUGAGUCCUUCACGCAAGCUCGAUGCCUCGAGAAUCUCCUCUACCCUGUCGCGUCUAAAGGAGAUGCUGCUUUGAGGCUUUUGGAAUACCGCAAGGUCGUGGAAAAUGGAGAGGUAAAGAUGGUGGAAGAGGUUGCAAAAGUCUUGCUUGAGUCUGCCCAGCGGGCUGCAAAGCCGCCCAUGGUCGACGACCAACUACUGAAGGAGUUGGAGGAGGCAUUGGACGAGGUGGCGAAACUGAAGCCAUCAUUGAACGGGACACGGGCUGGACCCGCCAGUGUGAACAAUUAUGGAUCUGGAAAUAUGUUCUAUCAUGGGGGGAGAGGGCACCAGAAUCAUAAUGCCGGUGGCUUUAUGAUCACAGGGGAGAAUCGCGACGCAACAUAUCACUAUUCUCUACCGACCGCUAACGAAAAGCCAAAGUCAAAGGAAGAGUAAAGCGCCCUACAAGCUGUACAUUGGAAUUAGACUAGGUUUAUGUUGCGUUUUUGUCAACUUCACAUUGCAUUCUCCCUUACGGGCGCCAACAUACUCAAAUCACUCGCUACAGGAACGAUGGCCAGGAUCCGGUUGAAGCCCCCUGGCCUCCAGACACGGCUCUCAACAGGCCGCAGUUACAGUUAACACCAAGUCAAGGUUUGUUGGUUCAAUACCAGGAUGUAAGUGUGUAAAAUAGAACUAAUUGAUAAGACAAACCAAAAGAACUAGUACAAAAA